CACAGAGGGAUGGUGGGGCCCUCCAAAGGCGCUGCUGCCCCAGGCCAGGCUGUGUCUCCCCAGUGCCCAGCCCUGAGCCGCAAGAGGAGCCAGGAAGUGCAGGGUGCAGGGAGUCGUGCUGCCUCUGCCUGGCUCUCAUUGCUGCCUUUGUUUCAGAUGAUGCGCCCUACUGAUGACAUCCUGAAAGAGCUGUGUAAGCCAGCAGUCCUGCAGAGGCUUCUCAAGAUUGAAAGCCUGCCACUGCUCUGGCUGGUGCUCAGAGGCCUGGACCUGCUGUCCGAGAGACCUGAGAUGGUAAGAGAAAUACGGGCCCUGCUUCCAGACAUCAUGGAGACCCAGCAGUUUGCCAACACGCCCGUUACUCUGAAGGUGCUGAACAUCUUCAGAAAUGUAAUGCGCCAUCUGGGGAAGAGGCAUGCCAGUCCCAUUGCUCUGGAGCUGGCUGAGAAGAUUCUGCCUCUUUUUAAUCAUUUAAGUCUGCUGAGGGAGGCUGAGCUCCAUAGGUGGUGCUUGACCAGGGGGCUUUCUCAUUUCUUUGCCUCUCCUGCCCUCGAGAAUGAGAUGUCUUCUGGGCUCUGCAGCCCAGCAGGCCUUGUCCUUGGCAGUGCAGCUUGGGUGUUCUUGGCAAUAUGA